AUGGCGGACCUUGUACAAAAUAUCACUUACGCCUCACCUGUUGCAGAUGCAAAAUUUGCUCAGAUUAUUGGACAUUCUCAAAUCAAUGGCUAUGUAGCCAAACUCGCAGAAGUAAGCGCAUGGCAGCUUGUUCUUACAAUUCUUUGCAUCUUGGUAGCUUAUGAUCAAUGUAGCUAUCUUUGGCAAAAAGGUUCAAUUAUCGGUCCAGCAUGGAAAGCCCCCUUUAUUGGUCCAUUCUUACAAUCCGUCAAUCCAAAAUUUCAUGAAUAUCAAGAAAAAUGGGCGAGCGGUGAACUCAGUUGCGUGUCUGUUUUCCACAAAUUCGUUGUGAUUGCUUCUACUCGCGAUAUGGCUAGAAAGGUUUUCAAUUCACCCGCAUACGUUAAGCCAUGUGUAGUCGAUUCAGCACACAAGUUGUUGGGUGAGACCAACUGGGUAUUCCUCGAUGGAAAGGCUCACGUAGAUUUCCGCAAGGGUCUCAAUGGAUUGUUCACUCGCAAAGCUCUCGACUGCUAUCUCCCAGGACAAGACGACGUCUACAACCAAUACCAAGAGCGAUUCGCCAAGGUUACCGAGGAAGCCGGAGGAAAUCCCGUUCCAUUCAUGUCCGAAUUUCGAGAACUGUUGUGCGCCGUUUCCUGCCGUACAUUCGUUGGUUUCUAUAUCUCCGAUGAAGCUAUCAAGAAGAUCGCCGACGAUUACUACAAUAUCACUGCUGCUUUGGAAUUGGUCAAUUUCCCUAUCAUUCUUCCAUUCACCAAGUCCUGGUAUGGAAAAAUCGCCGCCGAUAUGGUCCUUGAGGAAUUUACUAAGUGUGCCGCAAAGAGCAAGGUUCGCAUGGCUGCUGGUGGUGAAGUAUCCUGCAUCAUGGAUGGAUGGGUUAAGUCUCAACUCGAGUCCGCUACUUGGCGUGAGGCGGAAGCAAAGGGUUCAGCGGAAGGAAUGACGAAGCCAACACCAUUACUCCGUGAAUUUACCGACUUCGAAAUCGCUCAAACUGUCUUCACUUUCUUAUUUGCUUCGCAAGAUGCUACUAGCAGUGCUGCUACCUGGUUAUUCCAAGUUAUGGCUCAGCGUCCUGAGGUUUUAGAUAAGGUCCGCGAGGAAAACUUACGUGUCCGUGGUGGUGAUAAACGAGUUCGACCAAAUAUGGAUAUGAUGGAAAGCAUGAAGUAUACUCGUGCCGUUGUUAGGGAAUUAUUGAGAUGGCGCCCUCCGGUCCUUAUGGUUCCAUACGUCGCAAAGAAGCCAUUUCCCAUUACCCCAGACUACACUGUCCCUAAAGGAGCCAUGAUUAUACCAACAACAUAUCCAUCUUUACGCGACCCCGAUGUUUAUGACCGACCUGACGAAUUUGACCCUGAACGUUACUUCUCUGGCGAUGCCGAAGUAAAGGGUGCUAAGAAUUACUUGGUCUUCGGAACUGGUGCUCAUUAUUGUCUGGGACAAGAAUAUGCACAAAUGAACCUGGCUCUCAUGAUUGGAAAGGCUUCGAUGGAACUCGAUUGGGUUCAUCAUCCAACUCCAAAAUCGGAAGAGAUCAAGGUCUUCGCUACAAUCUUCCCUAUGGAUGAUUGUCCAUUGUCUUUCACCAAAAGAUCAUAA